UGUUCGGUUUCUUAUUACUUCGUUACGUAACCUGACCUUGAUUACAAUGACUGGUAACUAGUCGAUAACAAAAUUCCAAGUUUUCAUCAAAUGUAUAGUGAAGAGCAUCAGAAAAUGUUGCAAUUUGUUAUACUUGCUUUAAGCUGUAUUUUUGUAAACGGGGAUCAUCAUAAUAAAUCUUCCAAAGUGAUUCUAAUCCACAUUGACGGAUGCCGUUGGGAUUAUGUAAAUGAUUCGAGUCUGAAAGGUUUCGCCAAAUUAGCUAAAUUUGGCGUCAAAGCAGAAUAUGUCAAACCUGUUUUUCCUUCCAAUACAUAUCCAAAUUCAUAUAGCAUUGCGACAGGUCUUUAUCCAGAGAGUCAUGGCUUCGUUCAGAACAUCAUGUAUGAUGCAGAAAGAGAAGAGUUUUUCUUGAUGCUUUAUAAUCCUAAUUCUACUAACUCACAUUGGUGGGAAAGUGCAGAGCCUAUAUGGGUAACUGCCGAAAAACGGGGAAUUAAAACAGCUUUAUAUUGGUGGCCCGGAAGUGAUGUGGAAAUUCACGGUAUACUACCUACGUUCUUCUUGCCACAUCGAUAUACUGCUGGAGGAGAAAAUGUCACAAAAGAUAUCCAAGGAAAAUUAGAACACGUACUCAAUAUGUUCCAUAGAGACGAGAUUAGAUUAGCUAUGGUUUACUAUGGUGCUGUAGAUAACAAUGGUCAUCAUAAAGGACCAGACGCACCAGAAACAAGAAAUGCUCUGAAAGAAAUGGAUAAAAUUUUAGAUCAUCUUCAAGGUCAGAUAUCGCAACGUGGACUUGCUAAUCAGGUAAGCAUUGUUAUCGUAAGUGAUCACGGAAUGACCAAUACUGGUCCGGAAUAUGUAGAUGAGAUUAGCUUGGAACCGUUUGCCGAUGAUAUAAAAUAUAGCUUAUAUAAAGGAUCAUCUACUAUGAUUCAGCCUGUAGAAGGAAAAUUAGAUAAACUAUACAAUGACCUAAAACAAGCAAAUAUUAAAGGAUUGCAAAUAUUUAAGAAAGAAGAAAUUCCCGAAAAAUAUCACUUUAAACAUAACAAAUAUGUUUUGCCAUUGUUUUUAUUAGCAGAUAAAGGAUAUUUUAUUAAAGCGCUUUCUGAUUUUAACAAAACCCGAACGAAAUCUGAACCCAUUAUUUAUGGUUAUCAUGGAUAUGAUCCAAACGUCGUUGAAGACAUGAGAACUAUAUUCUUUGCUAGAGGACCAGGUCUAAAGAAGAAUUAUCUUUCGCCUCCAAUUGAGAAUGUAGACCACUAUAAUUUAGUUUGUAAGCUGCUACAAAUGGCUCCUUUGAAAAAUAAUGGUUCUUGGGAUAGAGUAAAAGAUAUGCUAGGUGAACUUCCUAAUUCUGGAUCCACUAUUAAACCUUUAUUUUUAUUAGGAAUUAUAUGGGUGGUGAAAUUUAUAUUUUUCAUUUAGAGAUAUGUCUUUAUGCUACAUUUUAGACGAUAUAUUGAUAUAUAAACAGAUAAUUUCUCGAUAGGAAUGUUUUUCCAAUUUUGUUGUAAAAUUCUAUCGUUUUUUCUUAUGAAUUAAAUCAAAAGCAAUCUAUAUCGGAAGGCUGAAA